AUGCGCUGCCCCUGGGACCUCAGCAGCAAGCCCCCUAUGCUGGCCUUGAUUUCUUCUCCAUCGGCUCCCGGUGGCACCGCGUUGGGCCAGAACAUCAGGAGGUUCGCGACCUCCACGGUCCACCAUGGCCACUAUGCGGAGGGCCCUGGGAAGACCUUGCUAUUUACAGUGGAAAACAAGUGGCAGUUACUGGCCAUGAUGGCUGUAUUCUUUGGAUCUGAAUGUGCAGCAACUUUCUUUAUAGUAAGAUACCAAUUGCUUAAGAAAUAAGGAUGUUUUAAUUCAUCCAUUUAACAGAUAUGAAGAACGUUUAAGAGGUACAACCUCAGAAAUGGA